CUCCUGGCACUCAGAUGCACAUCACCGAUCACAGUUUGCUCAGAGACUCAGAGAAAGCAGAAUUCACCAUGGACAGAGUCUGGAUGAGGAUGAUGAUGCUGCUGCUGCUUUUCAGUAGUUUAUUCAUGUCUAGCCUAACUUUUGACAUCCAGUCAGUAAAAGUGAUCCCCAAACGAGCCAUCUCCGGUGUGUUUGAGGCUUCCAUCGGAAACACAUAUGCCUUGAGUGCAUCAGCAGCCAGAGAUCUUUGUGAGCGUCUAGGUUUGAUUAUUGCAAGCAAAGCACAGGUAGCAGAGGCCCAGAAGCACGGUCUGGAGACAUGCAGGUUCGGGUGGGUAGAUGAGCAAAUAGUAGUUGUUCCCCGAGUUCAGGUCAAAUCGAACUGUGGCAAUGGCAGGACUGGGGUUGUCGUGUGGCGUGCAGACCCCACUAAACAGUUUGAUGUCUUCUGCUUCAAUUCAACAGAUUUUGAGGCACAAAACCAAGCUUCCAUGGCCGCACACAAAAGGACAAAAAAAAAGCCAACCACAACACAUUCAUCUGUUUUUCCCACUGCUCAAACUGGAGUUCAUCUGAGGAAAAGCCCAUCUUCUAAACACACUUCCCCAUCAUCUUCCUCUGUUCCUUUCUCUUCAUCUUCUCUCAGUCCCUGGGUUAACGGCAUUGAUGAUGAAGGGAAGCAUCAGCCCACGAGUGGAACCCAGAUUGAGGCUAUUCCAGCUGCCUUACUGAUCACAGUCACCUUCACAGUCAUGCUUGCUGUCUUUCUAGCACUUUAUUAUGUCAGAACGAACAGACCCUGCAGGACGCAGUGUGACAGCGAGCAGCAGAAGGAGUACAUCGAGACGGAGGUUUGGGAGCACAGUGGUGAGAAAGACCUGCAGAAACCACAGGAGGAGCAUGUGGAGGAGAAGAAGGAAGAAAACAACAACAGCAGUUCUGCAGAAAAGGAGUGACAUUUCUCUAUUUGUCAAGACAUCUUGGGAUGACUGAGACUAGUGUUUCUGUGUCACAAUGUUGUAGUUUUGUAAUGAAGUACAAAAUGACACAGAUGAGUUUAUUUAUAUGGAAGCUGGCUUUUUAUCAUGUCUUUUUUAUAAUUAUUUUAUUACAUUAAAUAUUUGACUGAUUUUGC